GUCACAUCAGUUCAACAUGGCGGCGGCUGCAUCAGUUUUCAAGAAAGUGAGAACUGGCUCCAAAAUAGGCGCUCAGUACGACCAAGAAGGCAAACUUAUUCAGGUGGAGGCACGGGAGGAUGAGGAGCAGAGCGUAAAACUGGCAGAGAUACUCGAGCUUCUUCUGGGUGGUUACUUCAGAGCACGAAUCAAGGGGCUGUCACCUUUUGAUAAGGUGGUCGGUGGGAUGACCUGGUGCAUCACAACAUGUAACUUUGACAUAGAUGUGGAUCUUCUUUUCCAGGAAAACUCAACUAUUGGACAAAAAAUAGCCCUAACAGAGAAAAUUGUUUCUGUAUUGCCAAAGAUGAAAUGUCCUCAUCGCCUGGAGCCACAUCAAAUCCAAGGGCUGGAUUUCAUCCAUAUAUUUCCUGUGAUACAAUGGCUAGUAAAGCGAGCUAUCGAAACCAGGGAGGAGAUGGGCGACUAUGUGAGAGCCUAUUCCAUAUCUCAAUUCCACAAGACCCACAGCCUCCCAGAGGAUGAGGAGUUUCUCCAGAGUAAAGACAAAGCAGUGAGAGCGGUUCUGGAUGUAUUGGAAGUGUACAAACCUCAGAGGAAGUACAGGAGACAGAAGGAUGCAGGCGAACUGCUUGAUGAGGACUCCAGAAUUCAUUCCACUCUGCUGGAAUAUGGCAGGAAAUAUGGAUUCAGCAAGCAGUCUAAACAAGCGGAUGAUGAGAAAAAUUCACUGUCCAGCGGAUCUCAGGCUACACCGUCUGAGAUGACAGACGUCUCAGAGGAAGAUGACCUGCAGGCAGCAGAGGAGAUGCGCAUCAAAACCCUGAUGACCAACAUGGCAGCUAUGGUGAAUGAAGAGGGGAAGCUGACUGCCAGUGCAGUGGGUCACAUCGUUGGACUGCAGUCAGAGGCAAUCAAACAAAUCGCCUCUGAGUACGCUGAGAAGCAGUCUGAACUGUCUUCAGAGGACCUUUCGGAACGCUAUGGCCCUUUGCAGCAACACCGCAGGUCGGUGGCGUUGCUUAACAAACAGAUCCAGCAGAAGACAAAGCAGCUGGAGGAGCUACGAGUCAGACAUGCAGAGGUGAAGUCAGGAUGUGAGGAGGCAAAGAGAAAACUGUUGGAGGCUACAGAGCGCUCAGAGAAACUGGAGAAAGAGCUGCAGAGUUUAGAUGAGCUUGAAGAACAAGCAGACAGCAGCUUGGUGGAGAAGUUGAAAGCUUUAGUAAUAAUGAAUGACAACCUGAAGCUACAAGAACAGGAGUUUCGUGCACAUUGCAGAGAGGAGAUGGUACGUCUUCAGCAGAAUAUUGAAGAUUUGAAGAUGGCAUCAGGAAAUGAUACAGAAGAAGAAAAGGAGAGGAACCAGCUGAUAGACAAACAGUACAAUGCAGACAGAGAGAAACUACAGAAGAUCCGUCUGCUCAUGGCUCGGAGGAACCGUGAAAUUGCCAUCCUGCAAAGGAAGAUUGAUGAAGUGCCGAGCAGGGCGGAGUUGACCCAGUAUCAGAAAAGGUUCAUUGAACUCUACAGCCAAGUCUCUGCUACACACAAAGAGACCAAGCAGUUCUUCACCCUGUACAACACACUAGAUGACAAGAAGGUUUAUCUUGAGAAGGAGGUGAAUCUGCUGAAUUCUAUCCAUGAUAACUUCCAGCAGGCCAUGUCAUCUUCAGCAGCGAAGGAGCAGUUCCUCAGGCAGAUGGAGCAGAUUGUAGAGGGAAUCAAGCAGAGUCGCAUCAAGAUGGAGAAAAAGAAGCAGGAGAACAAAAUGAGGAGAGAUCAGCUGAACGAUGAAUACAUGGAGCUGCUUGACAAACAGAGGCUCUACUUCAAAACGAUCAAAGACUUUAAAGAGGAGUGUCGCAAGAACGAGAUGCUGCUGUCCAAGCUGCGAGCUAAAGGCGCCUCGUAGCGCCAACACUGCUGUUAGGUACAUAGUCUGUACUUUGAUGUGAGUGACACACAUAAUGGCUCUGUGUGCUGGAUUCCUCAUUUGUUUUUGUUUUCAUGAACAUUUUUUGACAUUCCACACUUACUCUGACCGUUUUCUGUUCAUAGCUGGUACACACUUCUGUAGAAACAUGUGACGUGGACGUACGAGACUGAAUGUAUCGAUAUCACACUCUGCCAUUCAUCAAAAUAACCGAUCAACAGCAGUGUGAUUAAUGAACAGUGUUAUGCAUUAUGAUCAGAUUUACACAGCCUGGAAUAAUGAUGAAACUGUGUUGGUGAUUUCCAGGAGGUUUGUUAAUUUGAAGGUCUUGUGCUGUGAUCCUAAAGAAGUUAGUGGAAUAGAAAAGAAAUUUACAAUAAUAAUAAUCACAACCACAUUAAAUCCAAAGUGCCUCCUCAGCAGCAGGGACUGGGACUCUUAUUUCAUUCUCCACUUCUGUGGUGUAACAGAGCAUCACAGAUAAUCUGAGGUGGUUACACAUACACAACCUGUGUGCACAUUUAUCGAUUUCACAUUCCAGGAUUCCUGUGAAUUAGAGCCCUUAAAAGUUGUUUUGCUGCCUUUCUUAGCUGCUCGUGUGAGUUUGUCUUCAUUGCAGCUCUUUGUGUUGUCAUUAAUUUCUCAUGUGCACUGCUCUACAGUCUAUUGGGUCCAUAAAUAUUUGGACAUUGAUGGAGUUAUUUGAAUUUUUUGCUGUACAUGACAGUACAUUGGAGUUAAAACCAGAUGGUGAAUAAGUUCAAUAUUCAGCCUUUCUGUCGGCAUGUCUUACAUGUGCUCCUCAUUUUUAAAAUGAAUGGAGUGCAUUUCUGUAGAGCUUUUCCAUCUAAUCUAGUUGCUCAAAGUGCUUUACUGGGAUGCCUCACAUUAACCCAUUCACACUGAUGUCAUCUUGACAACAUGCAAAGCACUCAAAUGCACACUAGGAGUAAUUUAUGGUUUUAAGAACCUUGCUCAAAGGACCGUUGGGAUUUUAUAUUGUAUUUUGACAGGGAGUCGAACUGAAGAUCUGGUUACAAGCCCACCGCUAGGGCCCAAAAGUAAUUGGACAGUUACUGCUGCACUAUUUCAAGGCUACGUGUGUUUGUUUUCUUCAUCACACACAGACAAAAGAGCUAAAGUUUGCAGUUUUUUGUAAGUAACAUCAACAAUAACAUCAAAAGAACGGUCAAAGACAGUGAGGCAAUCUAAAACAAACCCAUCAGCAAUGUAGCGGCAACAUUUAGUACAAAGAAACCAACUAUUUAGGUUAUUAAUGCAAAGAGAGAACAUAUGGCUGAACAUCAAAUGAUCUGGAAGACCACAGAUGGUGAAGUGGUGGAAGACGAGGGUGAUUUCUGUUGGGGAGAGACCUUUUCUAAGAGUUGGUCAGAUCAAGAACACCCUGCAGGAGUUAUGCAUAUCAGUAACAUUAAGCAAUCACCAGAGUAAAUAUGGACAGUUUACCACAAACUAUAAAACAGAGCCAAGACAAACAGAAAGGCCACAUUUCUAAAAACUGGACCAUAUUUCCUACAUUAUUCAUAGGAUUUGGACAUGAAUAUCCUCAUAUUAAAUGUUUAAAGUUAAUCUGCACUUAAAGAUGAUCUUCAUUAUCUUAUGUUACAAUAGAUGUCUACUAAAUUAAGUUUUUCAGUGUCCUGGUAUUUUUGGACCCAAUUGUGGCUCUGAAAUAUGAGCAUCUCCCAUGUUUUAAAUCUGCUUGUCACAAUCUUAUGUUCAUGUAGGUAUUUAAUAAAUAAAAAUGUUGUU